AUGGCGAUCAAAGGUGGAAAGGUUCUGAGAACGGCGACGGCUGCGGCGAGGAGAUUUCAACAAAAACAGUUUUCAGCCACAUCGUCGGCUUCUCUACUCACACCGCCGGUGACUCCAUCUUCCGGUGUAGGAACAUUUCUGGGUAUUCCCAAGCUUAUUCGGUCGGAAGCCGAUUUAUUGAUCUCCAAGUACAUCAAACUCUCCCAGAAUCGAUUGACGAAGAAAGGCGCUUUCUCGGAGGAGAAGCUAAAGACAAUGCUUUCUGGUGGAAACGAGGUGGUCGGGAUCCAUGAGACGAUGAAGUUACUAGAUGGCAAAACUGCCGGAGAAUUCUCUAAAAUACCACACAACGUUCGAUCCAUUUCCAAGUCUAAAAAGAAGAAGUAA